AUGCCUGACGAGCGAGACGACAAAAGAGUAGAGCAGAACAUGGAGGCAUUCCGUGUGAGUACAGAAAAUAUUAAGAUUAGCUCAGAUAGUGUACAAAAACAGUACUCUAUCUUUGUCGGGAGAAUGACAGACAUCAAGCAGCUACCUGAGGCAAAAGCUAUAUUGGAUCAACUUGAAGAUGCCCUCGGAAACUUUGUGAAGGCAAUAGAAUCUUAUACCUGUACACUAAGUGCACAUGCUCUUUCUUUUGUGAUGGCAUCUGAGUCUAUUACCUGUCAGCUCUCUACGAAUGACUUUGUAAAGCAUAGUCAAACAAAUUUUCAAUCCUUUCAGAAGCCAUACGUUGCACCCACACAGUCUACAAUUAUUACGCCUCCGGGUAAACCUUCGAGAUGGGCUUUUCGGCGUCAAGUGAGAGACACUAGUGAAUCGGGCUCGUCCCAAGUGCUUAUUAUUCAGAAAGGUCUAGUUGCAGGACACACAUCAGAGUCUAUUCCUGCUACUUCUUUACAAUCCAGUGUAACCCAUGGUGUUGUUUCGAGAGCUCAAAGUGUAGCAGAUACAGAAUACUCUUUUGCAACUAAAACACCUUCAUCGAUAUCUGUGGAAGAAAUUGCGGACAACAUAAGUCCAGUCGAAGCUGUGCAUAUGAAGUCUAUUGGAAGGUGGAUAUCCACUUAUUUGGACAAUGACUCUACAUUCUCGCAAAUAAUAGAGGCGGCUAUAAUUGACAACUUCACUGCAACCGGAUUACCUAGAGAUGUAAUUACAUACGUUAGACAACGCAUGUCACAGGUUAUUGAUUAUGAUGCUUACGAUGAGCUUGAGCAGGAUGCAUCCGAGACAUUGACUUGGUGCAAGAACUUUAUAGAAAAUAUUUAUUGA